AUGGUGUAUAAAGUACAUGCAGGAUCUGAAGCCACAGUAUUUCAGUCUGCACUUGCUGGUGGAGUAGCUGGUGGUUUGACAAGAGCUAUAGCGCAACCUCUCGAUGUUCUCAAAAUACGAUUUCAACUUCAACUUGAACCUAUAAAGUCUGAAUCAAAUUCGAAAUACAAAUCUGUAGCUCAAGCUGUAGCAUCAAUCGUGAAAGAAGAGGGUUUAGCGUCAUUAUGGAGCGGUCACGUACCGGCACAAUUCCUGUCCAUUACAUAUGGUAUUGUGCAAUUUUCGAUAUUUGAAAAAUUAACUCAAUUAUCUCGGAGAUCUGAUCCACAGUUUUUUAAACAUAACAAGCAUUGGUUUAACUUUACUAAUGGUGGUGUCGCCGCUACAGUCGCUACGAUCGCCUCGUUUCCAUUCGAUACGUUGAGGACCAGACUAAUAGCUCACAAUAAAUCUCUGGGAGUGUACAAAGGGUUCACUCAUGCUUUUUUAACAAUGAUAAAAACUGAAGGAAUCUCCUCUUUGUAUAAAGGUUUGUUUCCAACAUUGGGACAAAUAGCGCCCCAUGCUGGUGUACAGUUUGCAAUUUAUAAACUGUUCACUGAUAAUUUUCUCAACAGGAUAGCAUAUUUUCAAAGACGAAACAGUGUGGCUGGUACAGUGGAAUCAACACUUUUAGCAAAUCUAUUAGCGGGGUCCAUUGCAGGGUUUGUUGCAAAAACUACUAUAUAUCCAUUUGAUGUGGUUAAAAAGCGUCUCCAAAUUCAAGGUUUCCAGAGACACAGAGAAUCAUAUGGUAGGCAAAUAUAUUGCCGAGGUUUUUUAAAUUGCAUAGAGCUGACAAUAGUUGAGGAGGGAUUCUUGGCACUGUAUAAGGGUUAUGUACCUACCAUUUUAAAAGCUGUAUUAGUGUCUGCUCUGCAUUUUGCAGUCUAUGAUGAAGUUAAACAUUUUUUAUUGAGAACACAAAGAUAA